CUCGUUCGGUGAAAUCGUGAUUUGAUUCGCGGUUGGGUUGCGACGCGCUGCCGUUUGUAAUGUCGAAGGCUUGGCGACGUGUUUUAUUCGUAUGUGAUUCUUGUUUACCAAUUCGAGUCGAGGUUUAGACGUCCGACAUUUUGAUAUAACAGAUCUCUUUCCUAAAUAUUCGGAUUAUCCGUUUGCCAAACUAUCUGAUGUCGUACGUCUUUUGAUAUGACAACGCAAGUUAAUAAUUUCGUGGAUACCGUCUUGGUUGCAGAAGAACUUGAAGAAACUUUCAAUGGUUUCAUAAUUCAUUCUCCAGAACAAGAACAAUGGAAAUUAAAAACUUAUCAUGAUGACCUGAAAGCACUUUUUACUAAUCUACCACAGGAGGAUUUAGAUGCUGCAGUUCGUCAUUAUAUUAAUACUACUGCAAGUUUAAGUAGUCAAAAACAGUCACGAUUAUUAUUAAAUUUAAUUGAACAUGUUGUAGUAGCAAAUUUAGUACCUCACAAGCUGGUCUGUGAUGCCUUGUUAAAGUGUGAAAAUUUGCAAUAUCAAAAUGUUGACUUUUGGUGUCAGAGUUUUUACUUAAUUCGAAGAAUCAUAUCUGGAAUAGAUUAUAAGAUUCAUUCUCUGUCUUUAGAAAUAUAA